AAUAAUAAAUGGAAAAUAUUUCAUCUUGGACAUGAAUUUAUAAUAAAUUGCGAUUAAUCGCUCUCAGAUCGAUACAAAAUCGGUCAGUCGAAAAUUCUAUUACAAGAUGCAGUCAACACGUGGUCAACACGGUGAAACGUAACCUUCAUAGUAGAAUCAUAAUACGGUGCAAAAAUAAUUAUUUUAUUUAUUAUGGAAGCGGAAAGUAACAACUUGCAAGAACAAAAUACAAAUACCUCUGCAAAACUUGAUGGUUCCGAGACGGUAGAACAAAAAAUAAUUGCUCUAGCACAUGCUAGACCCAAAGGCAUUUCAGACAAGGAUCUAGCUAUUGAAAUACCUGAUUUACAACCAGCUCAACGAGCUCAAAUUAUAAAUAAGCUUCUGUCACAAGGAUACUUUGACCUUUUUAAACAAGCAGGCUCACUAUUUUAUCGUUUAAAAGAUCCAACAAAACUUGCUAAGGGUGCCGAUAAUGAAGAGAAAGUAGUAUAUAGAAUUAUUGAAGAAGCAGGAAAUAAAGGAAUAUGGAAUAGAGAUAUAAGAUUUAAAUCUAAUUUGAUGCAUGCUCCAUUAAAAAAAAUUUUGAAAAGCUUGGAAACUAAAAAGUUUAUUAAGGUCGUCAAGUCUGUAGCAGCAAGCAAGAAAAAAGUAUAUAUGCUAUACAAUUUAGAACCAGAUGAAUCUGUAACGGGUGGUGCAUGGUAUCAAGAUCAAGACUUUGAAACGGAAUUUGUUGAUGUAUUAAAUCAGCAAUGUUAUCGAUUUUUGGAGCAAAAAAGAGAAAAAAUGAAAAGUUGUAACGCGGGACCGAUUGCUGCAAGAAACAUGACAUUUGCCUCAUCUGAAGAAGUAUUAAAAUUCAUUUCAGAAUUGGGAAUAAGUAAGGUGAAAUUAUUUGUAAAUGAUAUAGAAAUGAUCUUAAAUACUUUGGUUUAUGAUGGCAAGGUUGAACAGACACUUGCUGGAGAUGGAAGUAAUUUAUACAGAGCAAUUCAGCCUUUGCUGAAUUCUCCCGGAUUGAUUAGAACUCCUUGUGGUUUAUGUCCAGUGAGGACUCAAUGUCGUGAUGAUGGUCCAGUUACACCUGUUAAAUGUCAAUACAUCAAAGAUUGGUUGGAAUAAAAAUUUCUAAAAUUUAAAUGUGAAUACAUAUUUAAUUCAAUCUUUACCAAGAUUAUCCAAACACAAUCGUCUGCUGCGUAAUCUAAUACGACCGUAUGCUAUCGCAUUCUCAUCCGGAAUGAAUUUUUCUGGAUAAAU